CGGAGAGGGGAUAUGCGUUUCAGGAUACAGGAAAUACGGUAAACGCGAAACCGGGAGGAAGCUCUGUGCCUGGAAGGGACCGGCCGCCAUCUCAGGUUUCGGCCUCGCUGGGCCCACCAGAGAGAGCGGACGCCCCGUAUUAUAAUCCUUAUGGGGGACCAACCUUGCGCCUCCGGGACAUCCACGCUCCCACCUGGAAAUACGCGAGAAACCAGGCCUCCAAAAAAGCGCUGUCUCCUAGCUCCACGGUGGGAUUAUCCUGAAGGAACCCCCAACGGAGGUAGUAACCCUCUCCCCUCCGCACCCUCUCCUGCAUCACCCGGCCUGAAAUCUCACCCUCCUCCUCCGGAGAAGUAGUAGAAUAUACUUCUCCCACCCCAAACCAGUCUCUGAGGGAUUGCAGAAUGACUCCAUUUCCUUGGUGCAUUCAUAAAAUGCUUCAUCUAGUGAAGAAAAUGAAGAUUAUUGACACUGCUGCCCUGCUUUUUUCUGAUGUCCUGCACCAGCUUGUCUUACUAUGAAGCUAGGAUCUUCACUACAAUGAGAAAGAGUAACAGUGAUAGCGGAUUUUCUUCUCUUGCUUUUGAAUUUUCAACGGAAUUACACAAAUUGUUUCACCAUUUUUAGAUUUGUUUCUUCAGGAUAAGGAAGUUCAUUUGUAGCCUUAGUAUGCUGAGACUUUUUAAUUAUGAAGGAAUAUGGAGUUUUUCUCCAUUAAUUUGAGAGUGUGACCAUGUGAUAAACUACAGUAAUCAAUUUUCUAAUGUAUUUUCUGAUAUUGGUUUCAUCACCCUCACCAUUGAAUAUUUUGUUUUUAAAUUUUUUGCUUUAAUCUUUAUUAUUUUCUUUACUUGCAUUAUAUUUGCUCUUUUUCAAAUUUAUCUUCUGGACUUUUAGCCCAGUAAUCAUCAAGUUCUUCUUCAAAAUAAGAAUUUAUGACUAUAAAUCUUCCACUGCAUAUCAUGUUAAAAGGAUUUCACAGAUUUUUAUAUGUAGUGCUUUAUUGUCAUUCAGUUGUAAUUUCUCUUAUGACUUCUUAUUUGACUCAUAAAUUUGUUUAAUUUGCAGAUACAUGGGGCUCUUUUGUAAAAAUCAGAUCAUGAAAUCAUUAGUCCAAUUACAAUUAACUUCAUCUUAUUUUCCAAAAAAAUCCCACAA